UUUCAAUGUGCAUUUGGUGGCUGUGCUCUAGGCUGUGAAAUUUUUCUUUUCCAUUGAAAUUAUGUACGGUUUAUUAUAUUAAUGCUAUUAAGCUGAUAUAUCGCGAGAUAAAUUCUAUUAACUAGAGCAUUUGUUUUAACUUUAUCAUACAUAAUAAAAGCAUAUUUACACGAACCAUCAUAGCUGAACCAUGGGUGAUCACAAAUUGCUGGACACCACACAGGUUAUCAAUGGUAUUGCUGUGUUGCUAUCGUUUUUUGUGGGUUACAAAUAUGCCUUAAAGAAGCACGAUAUCAGCGAUGAAUCUAAGAACGGCAAUGGCCAAAGUUCCAACAAGGGAAGAGGCGAUGGGGCUUCCGUCUCUGAGAGUUCGUUCGUUAGCUUUAGCAACAAUUACAAGAUGGUACUGGUAGUUCGGAACGAUUUAAAAAUGGGAAAGGGAAAAAUCGGUGCGCAGUGUGGUCAUGGUGCAGUUGGCGCAUAUCAGAAGGCCGUGCAGUGUACACCCCGACUCGUACGUGCUUGGGAAAACACCGGCUGUGCCAAAAUUGCACUCCGCGUUGAAAGUGAACGCGAGAUAAUGGCUAUUAAACGCGCUGCGGAAGCAAACAAUCUCGUUACGUGUUUGAUUCGUGAUGCAGGUCGUACACAAAUCGAACCAAAUUCGAAAACGGUACUGGCUAUUGGACCAGCGUCGGUCGAGGAUAUUGAUAAAGUAACAGGACAUUUAAAGUUACUGUAAAGCUAUUUGCCUGCUAUGAAAUCUGUAUUCAAAGGGUAAUCAUCUCUGAAGCAAUACGCUUAUCUUUUUAGAUGUAUGUACUAAAGAUAAUAAAUUAGACUGCAUACUACAAUUUUUAAAAGUAAAUAAAACAUUCAUUUUCAUAAAUA